UGUAUUAUUUUAAAAGGGGUAUAUUUUGCUUUGUAUCAAUCAAACACUCCGGUUCGGGUAUUUAAAAUUUAAUACACUAAGAUUGCAAUAUUUACGAAAUAAAGUUCACUAAUUCUUCAUCAAUUUCAAUUAUUUGGAUGAGCUGGAAAGAACGCAAUCAUUUAUAAAUGUACCUUGCUAUUUUGAAAAAGAAGAGCCAGAGCUGAAAGAAAGAUAAAAGCUUUCAAAAUAUUUUAGUGAGAUCAUUAACAAGCUUUUAGAAACUCAAGUUUUAUACUUUCAUUUUAAUUAUUUAUUUGUAACACCGAAGUGAGUUUUAUUUUAUUGAAAACUUCACGUUAAUGAGCGUCUCGAAAACGAGAAAAUCCAAUUGGAUUUGCCCUCCUUCCUUUUGAAAUGAACGGGAUUUUUCUCUCUAUGAGCAAAAGGUUGUAAGAUUGUAGGGUGGAGAUUUCAUGUUCAAGGGUAUCUUUUUAGAUGAUCUCAAACACAUUAUGUAAUUAACCACGAUGGUAAUAAUAUACGAUUUUCUUUUGCUGAGCAGAGAAUCUUUCCUUGAAAAGAAAUGUAUUUAUCAUGGGUUGCGUAACCUCGUCCCUGGGACGUUGUGUCAUUGUGAGACGUUGUCACAAUGCUUCAUUAGCGGGGCAUUGGUAUAUACAUAACGUUGUCUUCAUUUGUACUCAUUCGAGUCGAUCAUACGGCCGCUUUUCCUCCCUCUUAAUUAAAUACCCAAUGACCAAGGCCGACUAGUAUUUUCGAGUAUGGGCGUAUCGGGUUGCUGUAGACUUUAUUGAAUUCUCCACCCGUGGUUAGUAGCCCGUCAGGCCGACUCUGCUUAUCUUAGGUUCGAUUCCCCCCGGAAGGCACGCAAAUUCAUUUCAGAGUACCCUCUCCCGCCCCUUCCCGUCCAAUUCGCUGGAAAAGCACUCGGAGAGUCUUGUUCAACAACACAAACAAUGACCCCGUACGGGGCUCAUUCCUGUAGCGUUGGAUCAGGGUCCGGCCAAAAGUUUUCCUCAAGACUGACUUAUAACCCUCGGCCUCCCUGCAUUACAGGUCAAGCUCCAGAGGAACCUCUCCUAUGUCAAUUCUGCGAGGACUACUCACCACAAAAGGCCACUUUGUCUUGCAAUGAGUGUGCCUUUCUGUACUGUGGGACCUGUUUCGACGCAUGUCAUCCCAGUAAGGGCCCUUUGGCGGACCAUACCAUAGGGCCCGCAGUAGCAAGGCCUCAAAAGCGUAAAGAGACCAGCAUGCAAUGCCAGCAGCAUAAAGAAGAGAAGCUUGCACUGUACUGCUUUGACUGCAAGGUUCCCGUAUGUUACCUUUGUAAGGAGUACGGCCAUCAUAAGGGACAUCAAGUUGAACUGUUGGAGCCAGUUUUUAAGAACACAAAAGAGGAACUGGCGCGAACAUUAGGCACUCUAACAAGAAAGAAUUACCACGUUCAAAAGACGCUUCAAUCCUUAGAGGGGAUGUGCACCAUUGCUAAGAAGUCUGGCUGUGACGUGGAGGCUCAUGUUAAAAGGGAGUGCGAUUCCUUACUUUCCAUCGUGGAAAAGAAGAAAGUGGAGUUACUCAAACGAGUCAGUGAUGAAUAUCAAGAGAAACUAGCAGAACUGAACGACGCUAUGCACCAGUGUGAACACGUGUUGUUACAAGGCGACGGCUUAGCUGAAUUCACACAAGAAGCUCUUAAAGAAGAUAACCCUGCUACUUUCCUUCAGACUGCCAGCGCUCUGAAGACAAGGUUGAAUCUCAUGCUCGAAACAAUCAGAAGUCUUCCCUCUGCCUCCUCCAUUACUCCAACCUUUGAUCACAUGGCGGUUGACACGUCAUGGGAAAGGAAGGUGCUCAAGAAAGUCACGUGGCUUCAAAUACCGGACAGCCCAAGUUUCGUCUCAUCUCAAUGUAAGGCCACAAACCGGACAAUCCAGCUAGUCUGGAAUGCGCCUCCAAGCGCCGUGGAUGCCUAUCAUCUGGAGGCCAAUAUUUAUACGCCUACACAAGCCCCAAACGAAAAAGAACAACGUGAAACUGUGAAGGUAUCCCUUGGGACAGCCUGCAAGUACAAUCUGGAGUGCCUUCAUUACAAUGCGCGGGUCACUGCCAGGGUCUGUGCGUCGAACCGAGCCGGGAAAGGACCUUUCAGCAAGGACAUCACGAUUUACGCGGAGAAGGGACUGCAUUUCACACUGGACCCCUCUACGUGUCCCAAACGGGAGCUGGUUUUCUCACGUGAUCUAUCCGUGGCCAAGCUGACGAGUCCAGCCAUCGCUAGUGUUAUGUCCCGCGUGACUUUGUCAAAUGGUUGUCAUUACUGGAAAGUCAGGAUUGACCAGUUUACCGGAGCAAGUAAUAACGGGUUCGUUGCCAUUGGUGUUGCAAAAGAGGUGGAUGAUGGUCGACCUAUAGGAAAUGACGCAAACUCUUUUGCGCUGCAAAUUUUUGAGAACACCUCGCUGUGGUGCGAAAAUUCCCACAACAGGCUCCAGAUCAAACAGAAAGCAAAGGACAUCAAAGGAAACAAUGUAGCGGUGCUACUCGACUUAGAAAAUCAAAUCAUGAACAUAUACUGGAAUGGCAAGCUACAGACAGACGACAGUCGUCCCGGGGGACCUUCGAUGGUGGGCGUGGUUGGCCCUAUUCGGCCGGCCUUUAGUAUGUUUGGAGGUUGUGUGCAGUUGAGUUUACAGACUGGACUGGAAAGACCAACCACAUGCUCCGAUCCUCCUAUAAUCCAUCUCGAAGAAUGCAGCGUCGAGAACACCAAGAUCAACCUAGUGUGGUCUCCUCCGGAAAACUGCAACGUGGACUGUUACAUUGUAGAGAUAGACACACUGGACCGGGAGGGGGACAUCCACCAGGAGCGUAACUUUACCAAGGUGUAUCAAGGACCGCGCACCAAAUACACACUUAGGGGACUGGAGUACAAUGUUACAGUCCUCGCGCGUGUCAAGGCGUUGAAUACCGCUGGAGAAAGUGAACCGAGUGAUGAAAUAUCGCUUUCCACCGAGAAAGGUGUUAUUUUCAAACUGGACAAAGAAUCACUGCACGAAUCUCUACGCCUCUCUGGAGAUCAUCUAACAGUAAAACAGACCACCAUGGUACAUGGCAAUGUGUUUGGAACAGCAUUCCUUGCUGACGGUUGUCACUUUUGGACCAUCAACAUCGAUAACUUUAAAGGAGAAAAUUCUUUCCUUGCUGUAGGAGUUGCCAAAAAAAUUACACGGGAUUCCAUUCUGGGAAACAUAUCCAGCUCAUACGCGCUGCAAGUGUUCGAAGGCACGACAGCCCGCACUGAAAACUCCAAACAUAAAAUUCAGAUCAAAAGAAAAGCUAAGGACUUGAAAGAGAGCAGCUUUGGUGUUUUUCUGGAUCUGAACAAACAGUUCCUAAACAUUUACCUUGAUGGGGAGCUUCAGACGGACAUCAGUCGCCCAAAGGGCCCUAGUUUCAAGGGGCUGAGCGGAGAGUUAUGUGCGGGAUUGUGUCUUUAUGGGACCAAGGUGGAGAUGAGUAUGGUAACUGGAAUAGCUACGCCUUCAGCACCAGACCCCCCGGCAUUCAAUAAAGCAAGAUGUAAAGUAAACAAUACCACAGUGGUGCUUGGCUGGUUCGCGCCUGAAACAAAAUGCUGCGUAGACUACUUUGUGCUUGAGGUAGACAUGGUGAAGAGUUCAGAGUAUGCAAUUCGAAGGAAGAAAGACCGCAAGUUCAAGCGACUGUACGAGGGACCCGCGCGAGAGUACGCGUUGUACAGCGUGCCUUACAGUGUCAAUAUCAUCACACGCGUGUACGGUGUAAACCCUACUGGCGAGGGAACACCGAGCGAGGAACUUGUUCUAUCGACACCGAAAGGGCUGUACUUUCAACUGGAUCCAUCAUCAGCGAAUCACGACCUGGAAUUGACGAACGAAAACUGCACUGUGAGCCUGAAGAGUCCCAUGUACACAUUCAUUUUGGGCAACGUAAAGCUGUCAUCUGCAUGCCAUUACUGGAGGGUUCACGUGGAUGAAUUUAACUCUCACAAUAAGCUUUCCAUUAUUGGUGUAGGGGUCGCUCGUAAGGUGAUCGAAGAUCCAAUAUUAGGAGAGGAUUCCGAUUCUUACGCUGUACAGAUUAAUGAACACCCCAACGCUUCGUGUUCAAAUACCAAAAACCGAGUUCAGACAAAGAAGUCCUCUAAAGAGCUGACUCACGCCAAUAUUGGUGUACUGUUGAACUUAGAUGAACACUUCUUGAAUUUAUAUCUCAACGGUAAGCUCCUUGCUGAUCCAUCGAGACCAAACGGACCGACAUUUGUGGGGUUAUCAGGAGAGUUCUAUCCUGCACUCAGUCUGUACGGAACGAACGUCAAACUAACCGUUCACACUGGAGAGUCGUACGAUAACUAAACUGGAUCCCAACGAUGGUGGAUUUUUCGGGGGAAUCCCAUUACAAAAAAAAAAAAGGACGGGGGUGCUCGUCGGAAAUUUUGAAAAGAAGAGCUAAGAGGUACCAAGAUCCUGUU